AUGUUUAUGAGGAAGAACAAGCAUAGAAAACCAUCUCUAGAUAUUUCUUCCUCAAACCAGUUAACUCAAGCAAACUCUAUUAAUAAUAAUAAUACUAAUAAUAAUAUAAAUAAUAAUACCAAUAAUAAUAAUAAUAUAAAUAAUAAUAAUAUAAAUAAUAUUAACAACAACAACAACAACAACAACAAUAAUAAUAAUAAUAAUAAUAAUAAUAUAAAUAUUUCCAAAAGUAUUGAUAGUGAUAGUAGUGGUAGUAGUAGUAUUGGGUUAUCAUCAAGUCAACAAACAAAUAGAUCAUCAGACAAUAAUAACGAUAAGAAAUUAGUUAGAAAUUUAUCACACUCUUCAAUUUUAAUUAAAACUAUGGAUUCAUCAAUAAUUUCGACAUCAACGACAUCAAAUCAACAACAACAACAAUCUCAACAAAAGAGUGAAAAAGAUAUUUCAAGAGAACUCUUAUCAGAAAUUCAACAUCUUGAAAGAUUACUUCAAGAUUUAAUCACUCAAAGAAGCAAUAAAACUCGUAGAAAGGUUGUAUCAACUGAUGAAGGUGAAUUUACACGUGAAGGUGAAAAAGAUACAAACGAUGCAGAAUGGAUGAGAGAAGAAGAACUUUUGAAAACAAUUAUCGUUGGUAAAAAGGCAGAAUUUAGAACUAAAUUUGACAAAGGUAAAAUCAAUCAAAAAGAACCAGCUUUCUUAAAAUCUGGUGCUGUAUUAUCAAUAUUUCCUGGUAUUACAGAAGAUUUAUAUUGUUCACCAUUACCAUUGAUUCAUAUUGAUAUCAAUUGUAGUAAUAGUAAUUGUAAUUGUAGUAAUAAUAAUAGUAAUAGUAUUAAUAGUCAAAAUUGUGAAAAUAGUCAACAGCAACAACAACAACAACAACAACAACAACAACAACAACAACAACAACAACAACAACAACAACAACAACAACAACAAACAACAACAGCAGCAACAACCACCACCAUCAACAAUACCAACACCAACACCAACACCACACCAAUUGUAAAUAAUAAUAAUAUAGAAAAUAAAGAGGAAAACGAUAAAAAUGUAGAUAGUAAUAGUAAUAAUAAUAUUGAUAAUAAUAAUAAUAAUAGUGAUGAUAAUAAUAAUAAUAUUGAUAAUAAUAUUAUUAAUGAUGAAAAAAAUAAUGAAAAUGAAAAUGAAAAUGAAAAUAUUGAAGAAAAAUGUAUACUUUCAACAAUUGUUGGACCAAAACCAGAUUUAGUUGAAGAUAUGGUAGUUUAUAAAGAUUUGAUUUGCGGAAAAUCUGGAUCAUCAUAUCCAAAACAUUUCACUGGUAGAAGAAUUGGUGACCCAAUUUGUGAUAGAUUUAAGGUUGUAGUGUAUAAAGAGAAAUUAUUAGUUACUUUAGCAGAUGGAUGUAAUUGGGGUAGAUUACCAUAUGAAGCGGCAACUAAUGCAACCAAUGGAUUUAUAUCAUUUUUAAUGGAGAAUCAUUUAGAGGUUAAUACUGUUAGAAAAGCGGGUAGUUUUUUAUUGGCAGCAAUGACAGCGGCACACAAAUCAAUUAUCGCAGGGAAAUCCGAAGUAUUUGAAAGUGGAACCACUACAUUGAUUGGUGGUAUACUGGCAAAGAUUAAACCAGAGAGUGAAAAUAUAAAGAGAAUGUCCAAUAUUCAUAAUCAUGCUGUGGGUGGAAUUGAAGAUCAUCAAUCCUCUUCGAGUUGGGUGUUUGUUGGUGUGACAUUGGGUGAUUGUAAAGCAUUUCACUACAGUAAAAAAGAUCACACCUUUAGUGAUAUAACCAAAGGUAAUCGUCAAAAUGUAUCGGAUGCACGUGAUCCAGGUGGUAGGUUAGGUCCAUACAUUAGACAAGGUGAACCCGAUCUUAGAAAUCUUCAAGUGUUUUAUAAACUUUGUGACCCUGAAGAUUUGAUCCUCUUAUUGAGUGAUGGUGUUCAUGAUAAUUUGGAUCCUCAACAAUUGGGUAUUAAACCAAAUGAAUUGGGUAUCGAUGAAGAAUCAUGGGAUAAAGCUGCCAUAAGUUUCCCAAUUGAUUCUGAAAACGCAAAAAAUGAAUACAGAAAGAGAUGGUUGAAUCAACAUUUUUGCUCUGAUCAAAAUACUCUCAAUCAAUUGGAACCAACAUUUAUCUCAAAUACUCUAUUAAAACAUUGUUUAGAUACAACUCAAUCAAGUAGAGAUUUUAUGGAAACAAAUACAAGUAAAAAAUUACCUUCCGAUUAUAGUUUAUAUCCUGGUAAAAUGGAUCAUAAUACUUGUUUAUGUUUUAAAGUUGGUAAUUUUAAUUAA